AUGUCCAUGAGCCACCUACGAGACAACCCCCCGUCGCCCACAAAUACAACAGCCUCUAUUGCCGGUUCAUCUCUCAACGUUGUUGAAGCUCUCUUGCGGGACGAGGAUUUCCAAACUGAGCAUCGUCAACCUGCGGACCUACUCACAACCAGCGGCGCCUCUUAUAACACCUUCAACAUCCGCCCUCCUUCACAAGCUCAUGGUGGCCAGCCGCAAUAUAACCCAACUCUCCUGCCUAGCACAGAGGAAUCAUACAACGUCCCUGAAUUCACAGGCGAUUCGCCUAUGACUGAUGCGUUCCCCACCGAAGAAAAUACCAUCUCCAAGGCACCUACUUUCGCGAUAGUGACUGACGGCUCUUCUACUGCAAUCGCCACCGAUUUCUCAGACCGGAACAAUCCCGACCAAUUCUCCUCCAACGCCUACAUCGAGACCUAUAAUUCCGAGUCUGAACCCCCGGAGUCCGAGUCCGACCCUGAUCAAGAGCAUCAGGACGGUAUUGAUCUUGAUUUGGACACUUCCAUCCACCCACCUUUCUUGGACGACUAUUGGAUAUCUCCCACAUAUCUCGACUUGAACUCUGACCACAUACCCCCUUACCACGACGUGGAUUAUGACAUUUAUAUGAGCGACAGCGAAGGUGGUGCUCCUCUCGACGACGCAUUCGACGAAAUUGAACACUUCACGGACGACCAGUCUGUUCUAUCUGAUGGGGACAACGAUGAAUCAACCCCUAUCAACCACUCAACUAACCAUCUUUCGCAAGCCGCCUUCCAUCCGCCCACCACAGUCGACAACGACCUAAUCAUGGAUGCUGUUCCGCCUCCUGCGCCAUGGGUUGACGUCGUGAUCGAAGACAUGGCUACGUUGGAGGGCAAUGCGUCUCCUUCGCCAGCAGAGGUUCUAGGCCAGCCACCACUGAGCAACCCCAACCCGACUAUGAUUGGAUCUCAAAAUCUUGGCCUGGUAGACUUUUUGAGACACUGGGCAUUCCAAGCUCAUGCUUCCUCCUGCCCAUCCCCCUCGCGGAUUCACGCACCCUAUCCAGAAGAUAUUCGUCGUCAAGCGAAUACACACAUCCGAGAUGUUCAGUACAAGGACCUUCAAGGCGAUGGCUAUGACAUACAGGGCUUGGAUUGGGCAUCCAUGAACACUACUAGGGAGUAUGCGCGGCAAAUACGAUGUGCCACUUUCAAGAAUUAUGUCAACAAGGAUGGCUCAGAUAGAUGGAGCCCUCACAUGGAUGACGCAGCUCUCCCCGCGAGUCAAAACUUUAUGAGAUUCAAGAGGUUCCUUAUCCGCCAGGAUGUCUAUCUAGCUCAUUUUCAGCUACGGAGCGUCCUAGCAUGCCCCUCAAUCUCACAAGCCUACUACCCUGGCAGGAGAGGAAUCAACCGAAUCAACCCAGUCACGGGAAAAGUAGAGCUCGUACUUAAUAAUAGUCAUAUACAUGGUCUGGGAGCUCUCAUCUCCACUCUCGAUGCAAACCAUGGUGCCAUGUUUGCCGGCACUUUCAAUGGCGAAUACUAUCUCAAAAGCCUGGAUUCGGAAGACAAGAAAGACUUUGCAGAAGGUGUCAUUACUACAAAUAUGGGAGGUAUCACCAACCAUGUCCAGAUCUACCAACCCCGGCGAUCUUCUGGUCCUGUUGCUGCCAUUGCCAGUAACGACGAGGGAUUCCGCCUUCUAGACCUUCCUACACAGAAGUUCUUGAUGCAGAGCAAGUAUCGAUUCGCGCUCAACUGUACGCGCAUGUCACCUGACGGCCGUUUGAGAGUCAUGGUCGGCGAUGACUUCAAGGUACUGAUUACCGACGCCGAUACCGGCGAGAUUCAACAGGAACUGUCUGGACACCGCGACUAUGGCUUUGCCUGCGAUUGGUCCGAUGAUGGGAGGACAGUAGCCACCGGCUUCCAGGAUAAGGGCGUCAAGGUCUGGGAUGCUCGCCGUUGGUGUGACUCGCGGGGUGUCAGCACACCUCUGUGCACUAUCAGAUCCGAUAUGGCUGGUGUGAGAAAUUUGCGCUUCUCUCCCGUCGGUAGUGGUGAGAGAGUACUCAUUGCUGCCGAGGAGGCUGACAUUGUCAACAUCAUUGAUGCUCAGACUUUUAACAGGAAGCAGACAGUCGAUUUCUUUGGUGAGAUCGGCGGCAUUGCAUUUACCAACGGUGGGCAUGAACUCAAUGUCUUGGCGAGCGACCGUCAUCGUGGCGGCCUUCUUCAGCUUGAACGAUGUGGCCGUGCCGCCGAGCCCUAUUUCUUCAGUUACUGGAAACGUUAUGUCGAUGGUGACACCGCCGAUUGGCGCCAUAAACCCGAUGAGUUUACACGCAGCGGUGAAUGCUAUCGUCGAGUUCCAGCUUCGACGGAUGCCUUGCCCAUCUUCUAA